CGACAGGGGGCGCGAGCCAGUGACACUGCGCGAGCCAGUAAAUGUGAAUCUGAAGACUUGAAGUGCUACGCAGUCAACGUGAGACCCUUCAGGAUCCGCGCUGUGCCCCCCACUCCCUCUGAACAAUUCCCUGUCAACACUUUUCUGCUCGUUAUACCUAAAAACCCUGCAGCGCCUUCAGCAGUUUUCCCGAAAAGAUGUUCGGGUGAUUUGUGAGUUUGAUCUGACCACGUUUUUGCAUCGUUUUAAAAGGGGAGAAUAUCGAGUGACCCACAACGCGCAAGUCUGUUGAUCCGGAUGAACGAACUGCCGAAAAAGUGAAAACUCGCAACAGAAUUUGCUCGCGGACAACUUCUCUGGAGCUGAACAGCAGAAGCUAUGGCUUGCUCUCUCUUGCUCGGUCUGCUCUACCUGGGCUUGCUGUGUGGAAACGGACUGGUGUCUGCAAGAUCCGAGCUCUUCACUCCAGAUCCAAGCAGAGGACCUCAUUUUACGGGCUGCCGCUCCAGAGAGCAGGAGACCUUCCGUUGCUGGUGGAGCACUGGGAUCUUUCAGAACCUCAACGAGUCUGGAGCUCUCAGGGUCUUCUACCAGACAAAAAACGCCCUCUCUGAGUGGCAGGAGUGUCCAGACUACACACGUACUGUGAAAAACGAGUGCUACUUCAACAAGACCUUCACACACAUCUGGACCUCCUACUGCAUCCAGCUGCGCUCAGUUCGUCAGAACAUAACCUAUGACGAGGCCUGCUUUACAGUGGAGAACAUAGUGCAUCCUGACCCACCAAUUGGGCUGAACUGGACUCUACUGAAUGUGAGUCGCUCAGGGUUGCACUUUGACAUCCUUGUGCGCUGGGCUCCGCCUCCGUCAGCAGAUGUGCAGAUGGGCUGGAUGAGCCUGGUGUACCAGGUUCAGUACCGGGUCAGAAACGCCUCCCACUGGGAAAUGUUGGACCUGGAGAGUGGCACACAGCAGUCCAUCUAUGGUUUACAUACUGACAAAGAAUAUGAAGUCCGGGUGCGCUGCAAGAUGUCGGCCUUUGACAACUUUGGCGAAUUCAGUGACAGCAUCAUUGUGCAUGUGGCACAGAUACCAAGCAAAGAAUCAACGUUCCCGAUGACGUUGGUGUUGAUUUUUGGAGUGAUUGGAUUGGUGAUUCUACUUGUCCUCCUCAUCUUCUCUCAGCAGCAGAGGUUGAUGGUAAUAUUUUUACCACCUAUUCCUGCACCUAAAAUUAAAGGCAUUGACCCAGAGCUGCUGAAGAAUGGAAAGCUUGACCAGCUCAAUUCUUUGCUGAGCAGUCAGGAUAUGUACAAGCCGGACUUCUACCACGAGGAUCCAUGGGUGGAGUUCAUCCAGCUGGACCUUGAUGACCCUGCAGAGAAGAAUGAGAGUUCUGAUACACAACAUCUGCUGGGCUUGUCCCGCUCAGGCUCUUCUCACGUCCUUAAUUUCAAAAGCGACGACGAUUCGGGUCGUGCUAGCUGCUACGACCCAGAAAUCCCAAAUGCCGAGGACUUGGCUUCCCUUCUGCCUGGCCAUUCUGGACGGGGAGAUAACCACCCUCUGGUUUCCAGAAGCAGUUCGUCCAUCCCUGACCUUGGCGUCCAACAGACAUCAGAAGUUGAGGAGACGCCCAUUCAAACGCAACCUGCUGUGCCCAGCUGGGUUAACAUGGACUUUUAUGCCCAAGUAAGCGAUUUCACACCAGCAGGAGGAGUGGUGCUUUCACCUGGACAACUGAACAGCUCUCCGGAGAAAAAGAAGGAAGAAGAGAAUGAGAAGAAGAUACAAUUCCAGCUGGUUUCCGAUGGAGCCUACACCUCAGAGAACACAGCCAGACAACUUUCCGCUGACGUGCCGCCCAGCCCUGGUCCUGAGCAGGGGUACCAAACAUUUCCAACCCAAGCUAUUGAGGGAAACCUCUGGAACGGGGAGUACCUGGUGUCCACCAGCGAUUCCCAGACGCCGUACCUUCUUCCCGAAGCUCCUCCAGCCCCCAUACUGCCCCCAGUGUCAGACUAUACUGUAGCAGGAAGUGGAUGGCCAGCACAGCCUCCUCCUGAAUCCUCCUUCCUCACAGCCUGCGAUAUGCCCUCACAGCCCAAACAAACACCUCCCAGCAAUGCCAACCAUGCCCAUGGGGUACCUCACCCCAGACCUUCUGGGAAACCUGACCCCAUGAAGAGACUAAAAAGAGCAAAGUUCAUGGUCUUGUUGUACCUUCUCACUGCUGGAAACCAAAGUUGCAUGAAUGGCGCGACACGGGACAGAAAUUCUGCACAUGAAUUUUCUCUGCUGUAUGCUACAAAAUGUAAGAAGCUGAAAACGUUUCUUUUCUGUCAGCUAUUGCAGUAGUGCUACGCUAGCUCGCCGAGAGAGUAUAAAUGUGUUAUCAAUUUACAAUCAGAAACGUCAGCUGGUUACAUGCAAAAAAAAAAAAAAAAAGACUACAGAAAUAUGCUCGCUUGCUGUGUCUGAGAACCAUUUUGAAAAUGUGUUUAUCUUAUUACAAAGAUGCAGAUCAAAAGCUAGAGUGGCAUUCGGAUGAAAUAGAUUCAAUAAGAUAAAUUCAAACAUAUCUUUAUACAAAAUUGUUUACACACAAGUGAAAGACGUAUCGCUUUACUGUGAUUUCCUCAACCUGGAUUUGCUCGCAAUAUGGAAUAUUAAAUAUAUCCCAUUGCAUCAUUUUUAAGGUUCCCAAAAUAUUUCGUUUUGUGGACGAGUCGUUAUUUUUGUUAAUCUUUUUAAGGGAACCUGCUUCUCCAUAUUUAUGGGAGCCAUUUUGAGCGCUGCGUCUUUUCUGCACAUUUUAUCCUCUGCCAUAGUCAGAUGGAUAAACUCAGCAAAUGAACUGUUUCAAUAUGCUUAAACACUAAAAAAUGGGGCUGUGGUGCAGAUGUGUAUUUUAGCAUCACUGUAUAUGACUGUAAUAUUUGAGAUCAUUACUAGAAAAUGUUGAGACAAGUUUUGUAAUGAUAUUAGCCCACUGAACAAGGUGCUACCUUUACUUGUUCAAAAAAUGAAAAAUGAACUUGUCUUUAUUUGUAUUAAUGUAUCCAGGGGAAUUGUCAAAAGAAAGCGCUUGUAAAGUCUUCGCUGUGCAAUGCAAACUGUAUGGCAAGUUUUCUUAUGUGUUACCUUUGUACAUGUAGCAGUUUUAUAUUGAAGAAGACACUAUAAAUGUAUACACGCAUUUACAAUGGGAGUUACAGUACAGAAUAGCUGGGAAAGAUGUGCCAAUUUUUGGACUUGUUUUAUUAGACAAAGUCUUGCCAUUAAAUAAGGCUAUAAUUCUUGUCAGGACAGUUAAUUCAGUGAUGUCCUCUAGAAACAGCAUACUCUUGUGCACCACAGCCUCUACACAGGGACAAAGGCUGCUUUUAACUACAGCUAUUUUAUGAAAUCAAUGCAUUAUAAUAGAAGAAAUAAUAACUGGAGAAUUAUUAUUAUUAUUUUUUUUUUUUUUUU